AUGGGAGGAGGAGUGCAUAUCCCCAUUCCGGCGGGCACCGUCGAGGACACGUUCGAGCACGCCAUUGAGAUUAUUGCCGAGACCUUCAGAGACGAUCCGUUCCAGCGGUAUGCGUUGAUCGAGGAAUUGCAAGCAGAGGGCGUGCGCGACAUCAGCUAUGAGUUGAACAAAGCAGUAUUUAGCGAUGUCAUUCCGGGCAUGGUCCAGGAUGGCGCAAGGUCCCUUACUACCGUUGAGCUAAGUGGGGUUGCUAGUGUCUGGGUCGUACAGGCCGUAACGCCAACCUUCACACCUAUUCCGCACUUUCCUUAUGCCGUAAAUGAGAUCAACGGUCUUGCUCACCAGGCCCGGAGAAAACACGUCCCUAAAGGAUGCAAAGAAAUGCUGCACCUCAUCCUCUUGGGCAACGACCGGUCCCAUCCGUCCCAUGACCCAUCGCGCAAUUCAAAGGUCAGCGACGUAAUCCGGCCGGUGCUGCAGAUGGCCAAGGAAAUGAAAUGGCCGGUGGUGUUGGAAGCCACGACAGAGAAGAGCAGGGAUGUCUAUCUGCAUCUGGGACUUGAAAUCUUGGAGGAGAUCACCGUGGGCAAAGGAAAGAUUGAUCGCGAGGGAAGAGCAAAGGAGGGGGGCGAGGGCUGUUUGCUCUGGUCUAUGAUGAAGCGGUGUGAUUGAGCUCGCUGGCCGUCUGCGUCAUAAUUGUCUGCUGGCUGGUCGCUUGCAUGUGGAUUACAGCUGUCGUCUCGGUUCUCCGUGUCCCUUCUUGGACGCAGCCGAGGUCGACAUGUAAGUGGAGGAAAAGGAGGCGAGAGAUAAGAGGGAUAGACUUUUUGCUUUUGGGCCAAAUCAUAGACGAUGGCGAGAUCCGAAUGGCGGGGUAUAGCAUACAGUUGGCAGUCUAGGUGUAGAUUGCGCGGCAGAUGCACGUCUGCCCGCAGGCCUGGUAUAUGCAAGCAGAGCUGCAAUAGGGAGCGAAAUAGUGAUCGGGCCAAGCAGGCAUGGCGUGUGUUGGCAACAAUUAGAAGCUCAUGUGUCGC